UCACUACAUCCUCAAAUUGGUAGCAUCCACCAAAACACUACAACUUCAAACCACUACAACAUUAUGAGUUCUUCGUCAAUUCGUAAUCAGAAUAGCUCGUCUUGCAGCCCGGAGCCAGAUUUAUCUGCAGUGCAAAAAUGGAUCAACCCUCGCACCGGAAAGCCCGAUUUCUCGCGAUAUAAUAACGGUAACCUCGAGCUGCGUACUGUUGCUGCGGCAGAGCUCUUCCACGAGGGUUUUUAUCGCUCCGUUGCUGCGGCAUCGCGAGACCUGAGAGUCCCGUAUGAUAGACUCCUGAGCCGUACCAAAGGAGCAAAGCCUGCCACUCAAAAUGGCGGUAAUAACACUCUCUUGACCGACAUGCAGGAGCAGGCAAUACUGUGUUAGGCACAUCGCCGGGUCACACAGGGCCACCACAUUCAACUUCGAACUCUUCAACACAAUGCAAAUGCUAUUCUAAGAGCCUCGGGCCAUUCUCGCAAGGCUUCACAUAUCUGGGCUAAGCGCUUCAUGAAGCGCUGGAAAAGCACGUUUUAUGUGAAGAAGUCAAUGACCCAAGAUGUAAGGCGUAAGGCAAUGCAAGACCGCGCCCACAUCGAGGCUUUUUUCUGCGCCUUUGAGGACUUUGUGCGUGAGAAUAGCAUCAAGGUUGAGAA